ACUGGGCUUCAGAAGAAACCUCAGUGGAAGCAAAGAACAUGUUGGAUAAUACGACGUGCAGGGAUUCUUCAUUUACCCAGUUUGUGAAGGCCCCUGCAAAUCUGGUUGUGCGCGAGGCUGACUGCUUGGAUGUUACUGGAGAUGCUGGAGAACUAGAGUCUUACCUGCUAGCCACGUGUGAUCUUUACCGAGAUUUUAUUCUGUUGGACGCAUGUGAUGCCGUAACAGUGGAUGAGUUUCUGAAUAAUGAGAAUAUAGCUGGAAAGGUGCUGAACAAUAGCUGCAGUGCAGAGGGCCUUUCUUUGGACUCCAAGUGCCACAAGAGCUUUUACUCUCCCACAAGACGUUUUGAGGGAACUGGCAAUAAGUCUUCAGCUCAAAAGAAUCAGGAUGCUAAUUUAUAUCAGUCUCCAGGGUUUCAUGAGUUUGGUCCAGGCAAUUUUAACAAUGAUCAGUUCGCAUCUGAUAUGCCUGAUUACAUCGAUGAUGCACAUAGAUGUGAAGAUGGAUAUUCAGAACCUAGAGACUCAGACGAAUCGGAUGAUGAAGACCCAUGGAAUCCGUUGAACCCGCAUGAACCUGGCACUUUGAAAGUAAAACCAUACAAAAAAGUUAAAUUUAAUAGAAGGCAGGGUGCGGUGUCCAAAAAAGGUGCAUCUUUGGCUACAGAAUUUCCAGUUGCAAGAUUACAUGGUACCACUAGCGCAGACCUCAACGACAUUCUU